AUGGCGGAAACUCACGGUGGGAAAGGACCGAAUCCUGAUUCGCGAUUAGAGGAGGUCAAUCAUUUAAGGAGUGUCGCGGAGAACCAUCUCAAGGAGAUUGAUGAGGAGAAGCAACAGGAAGAAGAAGAUGAAUCAAGAAGGAUCGAAGAAUUAGAGCGCUAUGCGAAACACCGACGGAGAGGCAAAGAGGGUCCCAGCUUGGGUUCAACUCCAACGCCAAAAAUGAGAUCAGCUCAAGAUGUCUUGAGCCGCCUGCAGUGGGACGAUCAACUCGAUAUAACAAAGUUCACCAUUGGUUAUCUCGAGAGAUUUGCCGGGAUAAAGGAAAUGCAAGCAAGCACCUGGAUAUCCGAGUUCACGGAAGAAGAAUGGAUCCCUCAACACCGCAUCAAAUACUUCAAACGAAUUAAUGAGAAUGGAAAUCAUGAAGUUGUCUGGGACCGGGACAAACGGAUAGACAAGGUCUUUGGAAGCGGCCUGAGCAGCCUGGAUGGUGUUGAUAUUCGAUCAGAAGAUGGCGGUGUCGGAUUGAUGCCAUGA